ACUCCACCAGCGACAAUUUGCGACAAUUCACCGACUGCGACAACGACAUUGAAUUUCCGCAUUAUCGCUUACAACAUAAUACAAGAUGGCCGAGCCAAUGUCGCCGCUGCCCUCGGCCGCCAUAAAUACCACAGUCCCUGAAACGCCGGCGGGAGAAGAGACCUGGCACGACCCUCCCAGCUCGCCGUUUGUCGAGUGCGUCGAUCAAGAGAACACUAUGCAGUCUCUCGAUUUGCUCGAGAGGAAGACUGCGCAAAGAGUGGUCUCGCAAUCUAUCACACCAAGCAGACAGUCGCCCAAGAAGGUGCUGCAACCGAUCGAGAAUCUUCCUGAACCAGAAGCCGUCCAAGCCACGCCUCGCCCAUUCGCGAAAGAACAGUCGCCUGUGAAGCCAACGCCGUCAAGAUCGGUAUCCAGAAGACGAUCACCGGUCAAGCGGUCUGCUUCGCCACCGGCUGAGCAGCUGCGCGACAAUGAAGGCCUGACGGUGGCUGCACGAAACUGGGAAUACAUGCAAGCAGACAUCCUAGGCUCCGACGAGAUUGACUACGAUGAGACUAUGGACAAUACUUGCUUCAGUACAUUUUCAGAGGUCCCGAAUGUGGACAUGACGGCUUUUUCGAAGAUGAGACGCAGCCCGACGAAACAAUUGUUCGAUCAGUGUUUGUCUACUCCACGACCAGGCUCCCAAAGAAGUCCUGGCACCGUGAGACGACACGGAGAAGGCCGAUCGCCCUCACCGACACCGCGUGGUAACAGGUCCCUUGUUAUAGAUGCGUCAGACACGACCAACCUUUUGUUGGACUUUACCGAGCAAAUCCAACAGUUUUCGACGGCAAGAUCGCAAAUGUCGCCCAACAAGAUGUCGCCUGUCAAGUCACAAACGGAGUCGAAUCUGCUGCACUACAUCAACGGGCAGCGCUCACCGGGUAAAAGCACAAGACCACCCGCGACACCCUCGGGCAACAACCGGAACAUCCUAAACUUGCUCGACUUUGAACUUCCCCCACCCGCAACUCCACGCUCACUGCCCACGAUUACAGUGCGUGAGCUCGAGUCUGUCAAGUCCAACUUGACUGCACAGAUCUCACAGCUUACAGCAUCGCUAAGUGGCAAGGACGCGACAAUUGAAAGUCUGACCAAGGCACUGAACGACGCAGAGAGGCGUGUGGGUGAAGCAAAGGAGAGUGUACGCGAGGAGCGAAGCGCGAGGGAGCACGCAGAGAACGAAAAGGCAACGUGGGAGAAGAAAGGGCACGAGGUCGAGAACGUACUACGCAGCAUCAAGAAGGAGAUUAUGGAGAGCGAGAAGGAGCGCGAGGAGCUGUUCCAGAAAGUGGAGGCAGCCGAACGACGUGCCGACGAGGCUGAAGCCAAGGCGUCUGAUGCACAUGCAAAGACCCUAGAGGCCGAGACCAAGCUUGUCGACGCGAGCGUGUUUGUGGCAGCAGACGAGACAUCGUCGUCGCCGCGCUACACAGCUGAAGAAGUGCAAAGGCAGAUUGACGAAAAGGUCGAGACGCUGUGCCGCGAGCUCCACAUGGUCUACAAGAAGAAGCACGAGACGAAGGUGUCGGCGCUCAAGAAGUCAUACGAGGCCAAAUCGGAGAAGAAGCUUGCUGAACUGCAACGCAAGCUCAGCGAGCAGCAAAAGCAGAUUGACGAGCUCCAGGUCGGCAAGGACGCGACGUUCUCAGGGGUGCUGCCGACGGACCUUCCCACGGCGCAGCACGCGGCAGACAUGAAGCGGAUCGACAGUCAAAAGGCGGAGAUUGAGGAGCACAAGGCGCGGCUGGCGGGGGUGUCGGAGGAGAUGCGCACGAUGCGCGAGGAGCAGAAGAGGCUGAUGCAGGAGCUGGAGCAGGAGCGGAUCGAGAAGGGCGAGCUCGUGGCGGCGGCGGAACAGCUGAUGACGCUGCAGGCGGAGCAGCCGCAGGUGGUGGAGGAUUUCCGGAAGAGCGUCAACAGCAAGCCGUCCGGGCUACGGGCGCCGGGCGGGAGCAGGAUUGGGAAGAUUGGCGCGCCGAGCGGCAGCGGCAAGAGCAGGAUGAUGAGCAAUAUUGAGCGGAUGGGCGGUGGGAUGUAGGCUUGGACUUGAGUGUCGCCCUCCCAAUUAGUUCUUUGCUGUGGUGUAGUUCCAUGGCGUAUUGGUUUCUUUGCUGUUGUGUAGAGGUCAUUUCUUGAAAAAGGGGGGUUAUUGUCAUGUCAUGAGCUAGCGAGCUAUUCUUUGGUUGUUUUGCUCGCCGAGUGUAGCAGCGCUGUCUAUAUCAUGAUGCAGCUUCGCAAGCUUUGUUCAGUCGUAUGUGGGA